GCCCGCCACCAACCCCCCUUCCCCGCCCUAUUCGGACCGGCCCUGGUCCCAGCCCCACCGCCAUGAGCUGCUUCGAGGAGGAGGGCGGCUGGAGCCUGUCCUUCAGCGGCGCGGCCUUCCUCGGCCUCUACCACGUGGGCGUGACCCACUGUCUGCAGGAGCGCGCCCCGCGCCUCCUCCAGGGCGCCCGCCGCAUCUAUGGCUCCUCGGUCGGCGCGCUCAACGCCAUCUGCAUCCUCAUGGGACGGCCCGUCGAGUUCUCCUGCGACCGGCUGCUGGACCUGGCCAAGCAGGUGGAGCAGCUGAGCCUGGGCGUGUUCCACCCCGCCUUCGCGCCCAUCGAGCACAUCCAGCGGCAGCUGCGGACCUUUCUGCCCAGUGACAUCCACGUCCGGGCCUCCCAGCAGCUGGGCAUCUCCCUGACCCGCUGGCCCGACGGCCACAACGUCAUCAUCACGGAAUUCGCCACCCGCGAGGAGGUCAUCCAGGCCUUGAUCUGCACCCUGUACAUCCCUUUCUACUGUGGGGUGAUCCCCCCCGAAUUCCGAGGGGAGCGCUACUUCGACGGGGCCCUGAGCAACAACCUGCCCUUCUCGGACUGUCCCAGCACCAUCACCGUGUCGCCCUUCACCGGGACGGUGGACAUCUGCCCCCCGAGCACCUCGGCCAGCAUGCUCGAGCUGAACGCCUUCAACGCCAGCUUCCAGUUCUCCACCAGGAACUUCUUCCUGGGGCUCUCCUGCGUCGUCGCGCCCAGCCCCGAGAUGUUGGUCCACUACUGCAGACAAGGCUACCUGGACGCCCUGAGGUUCCUGGAGAGACGCGGACUCACCAAGGAGCCGGUGCUGUGGACGCUGGUGUCAAAGGAGCCCCCGGCCCCAGCCCAUGGGACCCGGGACACUGGCCAAGACGGAGGCCAGAAGGAGGGCCUGUCGCUCAACUGGGCAGUGCCCAGCGUGCUGGUCAAGGACGUGCCCAACUUCAAGCAGCUGUCGCCGGAGCUGGAGGCCGCCCUGGAGAAAACAAGUAGGAGGGACCCCAGGCCCUGGGCCCGCUUCCGCCGCUCGACGCCCGGGAAGGCGCUGACCUACCUGCUGCUGCCCUGCACGCUGCCCUUCGAGUACGUCUACUUCCGGGGCAGAAGGUGAGGCCGGGCAGGGGCUGUGGUGGAGACCAGUGCCCAGGGCAGGAAGGGCGGCUGGCACACCAGCGGGCAG